AUGCAUGAAGUUCAUUUGAAGAUUCCAAUCCCAGUUGAUCUCCCAGUAGGAAAUAACAAACUUCAAGUUUACGCAAAAGAUGAAAAAGGACAAACAUCUACGAUUAAAACAUAUUCGUUCUCACUUAAACCUAUUACAAAGAUUACACUUGUUAAUGUAAUUUGCGAACGUUCAGAUGUAAAUCCAGGCGAGUGGGUUAUUUUCCAAGGCAGGAUCAGAUAUCCAGGUCCAAUUCCACAAACAAUGCCAUCAUUCAAAUUUAAAUUUGAUGACGCAGAAAUUAACAUGGAAUUAUUCCUAAAUGCUGAUGAUCAGGAUAAUACAUACUUCAAAGCAUAUUGCUCACCACCUGACAAUGCACAGAAUGGUGUUCAUGAAACCAAGGUUUGGGCAAUUUAUAAUGAUCAAAAAUCAAAUGAAGUAUCAUUUAAUAUAACAUAUGAUACUCAAACAGACGAAGAUUGGAAAACUCCUACACCAAAACCAGACAUCCCACCAUCUAUCGAUAUUCCAGGAGGAAUUCAAAAAGAAUAUAAGCCAAGUGAAUUCAUAACAUUCGAUAUAACAGUUUAUGAUGACAAUGGUUUUACAAUUUAUUAUAUAUUUGAUAGAGAUGAAUCACAAGAGCAUAAGUAUGGUGAGAGACAUGCUGCUUCAGCAAGAAAGGGUGUAUCAUUGCAGUGUAGAAUAGAUAUACCCGAUAAUUUAGAUCUCGGUCUUCAUUACUUAGAUGUUUAUGCCAAAGAUGAUAAGGGACAAAAGUCAAAUAUUAGGUACUUUAGCUUCCAACUUAUUAGUGAGAGUAGAGUACAAUUAGACUAUUUAGAAAUAACGCCUCUCGAAAUUGGAAAGAAAGGAACACUGAAAGGCGAAUUCAGACAUAACACAAAUGGAGAAAAAGUCGAUUUCUUCAUUGAAUUCUAUGAGUAUAAACUUUCAUUAGGAUCAGAAACUUAUAAUCCAACAAGUGGAAGAUGGCAAAGCUUCAGCAAAAUAUUUGAUGUUACAGAAAGCAUUUCUAUCGGUAGCUACAAAGCAUAUGUCAGUGCAGUUGAUGUAAGUGGAGAUGUUUCAGAUAAAGUACCAAUUGAUGUUGUGGUCACAGGAAACAAGCCAGAAAGAACUCCAACGCCAGAACAACCAGUAGAAGAUUUGAAUACAAAGAUGGAGACACCAGAUAUCAAUGAAAAAUAUGAGAAAGGCAGUAAUAUCGAAUUAUUAGUCAAAGUUAUUUCUCAUACUGAUUUCAGUGUUUAUUACAAAUUUGAUGAUGGAACUGAACAGAAAGGAUCAGGAAAUUAUCCAGAAACGACUGCUGAAGGAACACCAAUCCCAGUAAAGAUUACAGUUCCAUCAACACUUAAUGAAGGCGAGCAACACAAAUUGACAAUAUAUGCAAAGGAUAAAGAGAAUCGUUACUCAAUUAAGUACACAUAUAAAAUAACAAUAAUUGAAGAUCCAAGACCAGUAUUAACAAAUCCACAAAUUGAACCAUCUGAAAUUAGUACAUUAUAUAUGGAGCCUCCUCCAUCCCUUAAAUUUACUUUAUCACAUCCAAAGUCUGGUUCCACAGUCAAUGUUUAUUAUAAAUUUGAAACGAAUUCGUUCUGA